GCAUCAGCUGCUCCAAAGAGUUGUACCUCAACCAAGUUCAGUGAGGAAUCAUGAAGCCAGGAAGCUUUCUGCUGUUCACUCUGCUAUUCUUCUUUCUUUACUCCAACAUUGCUGCCCAUAAAAUCAAUUUAAGGGAGUAUUGUAAGAACUACCCAAGCAAAAUCUGCACCCUGGAAUAUCAAGCCCACUGUGGCUCUGAUGGAAAAACCUAUAGCAACAAAUGUGCCUUCUGCAAUGCAUAUAUUAAAAGUGGUAGAAAACUUCGGCUGAGAUAUCUUGGAGAAUGUGUGAAAUUUGAAGAUGCAGAAGAUUAAAGAACAUUUGUGAGAGUGUAUCCCACAAUCUUGACACCUUGUUCAUAAACUACCCCAUGAAAAUAUCUGUUCUUCCCUCUUCUUCUGCACUAUUGCUCUAUUAAAUGUCCUAAUCUGAUUUAUAAAUAAAAA